AUGAUGGAUGUAAAACAAUUACCACAUACUUCAAACGCACUCGUCAAGUCAUUAGGUUCUUUGGCUAUUGAACCAAUAAAGCCUGCUCAUGGUAUCAUUCUGCCUCAAGAAGUUCUGGAUCUUAUCAUCGAUGAGAUAGGAACGCCUCCUGAGGACCGGGACACUUUUCUAGAGCACCAAAGGACCUUACGAUCCUUCCUUUUUGUUUCCAGUGCCUUCAGAACCCGUUCUCUCUCGAUACUCUUCAGACGGCUGGCAGUCACCGCACAUAACCAACUCUCACUGGAUCGCAUUCGAGCACUCACAGAAAUUCUUAAAUCACCAUUUGGACCUGCCUUCGAUAGCGCGGGCCGCCAUCUGCAGGAAAUCACAGUAUCCUUCCUGCCGGGAUUUGAGCAUGACGAUGAUUCCUACCGCGUAUUGGGCAGGGAGACGCCGAUCAGAGACGUAAUGGGACAUCAGUGGGUGAUUGACCUUUUCCGCACGCUUUACACAAACGCGCCAAACCUGUGUGCUUUUUUCUUGCAUAUCAAACCAGACGAUUCGGUGGAUUGGACAACGCUAGACGCCGGGUUUCAACAGGCGCUACGGAACCUCGUUCGAUCACGGUCAUUAAUCCAUCUUCAAAUUGCACAUAUAUCUCGUCUCCCAUCCACUUUUAUCAAAGGUGCACAAAUUAAAGUUCUCCAGGUCUAUCAGUUGCUUGAUGAUUCUGAUGCCUCUGAUUUUUCCGCUCCCAACCUGGGCGACAUAAAUCUCCCCGACCCACCUCUGGAGAUUUUUAUAACAGAUCACACAUAUCCGUUUGGUACAGAUGGGGAGCACUUACAGAGUACUUCAUUAUUUGCACGCCUCAGAAUCUUGGUCACAUUCAUAGGCUCUCAAGAUGACUCUCAAAGGACAUGGAAGAUAAUAGCAGCCUCACCCUUCUUGGCUAACCUUCAACUUGAUCAAAUGGGUCAUAUUGAGGGACCCCCACCUGACUUCAACUUAGGCAAAUUGAAUCAUCUCAAGGGUUUUGUGUUAACUCACAAUCGCACUUCAUUUACGCCUUAUGUUCCCGGCACGGAUCGAAGCUUGAUAGGACUCUAUGACCUUCUCAAUGUACCUGUGCCAAUGGAAACAUUCGAACACCUUGAAAUUGAAUUCAAAUUCCAGGAAUACAACGUCCCAACCAAUUUCUUUUUUCCCGAUGAAAAGUCGGAUAAUCGGCAAUGGGACGAACUCGACAAACUGCUGUCAGGACCAAAAUACCCCUCUCUGAAGCAGGUGUCCUUGGGAUUUCGUGUAACCAUCCGUGUCCAUCCAGCUUUCAAGGACUUUGAUAAUCAGGCAUUUCUGGAAUUUACCGCCAGGAGAUUGAAGGACGAAUUUCCUCGCUUGAAUGACUCGAAGACAGUGGACUUCUCCAUUACGGUGGAAUCUAUGGUGUUAGUAGCUGUGUCAAUUUUUGACGAACAAUAG